AUGGGGAGAGGGACUGUGCAGUUCGACUGGGAUCUCAUGGCUCUAAUCAAGUUACAAGCAGUGGGGAAGAAGGCGAAGAAGGUGGUUCCACAACAGAAAAUUUUUACUGAAAUCUAUCUUUUUGAUAAACAAGGAACUAAGGUGGCCGGAGAUAUGGUGGAAGAACUGGUGAUGGGCGGUGCAACUGAUGUUCAAUUUGAUGAUGAUCCAAUAAAUGCAGAAUUGGUGGGACACAGUUCCUUGAUGUUAGGAGAGAAGGACAAACAGAAAGAGGCUGCGAAGGCAACGGUUGAAAGUGGGGGAGGUGGGUCUAAAACAGUUGAGUCUGAAGUUACAAUGGAGAAUUCAUCAGAUAAUGUUUUUCAAUGUAAGGAUGGGCCUAAUAGGUCUGAUGGGCCAAAAUUAACGGUGGCCCAAAUGACAAAUAUGGGGCAGACGGGUAUGACUAAUUAUUUGGGGGAAAAUGAAUGUUUCAGCCCACAAAUUAAGGAAACUCAUAUAAUUUUAGCAGGGAAUGUCAAUAUGUCUGGGAUUAACGGGAAUCAGGUUCUUGCCGAAACACAGGAAAAUGUUAAAAUCAAAGGGAAAGGAGUUUUAGUGGAAAAAAAUAAGGGCAGGAAAAAUCUGAAAAUAUGGAAACGGAAAGCUAGGGAUCCGAUUGGCUCAAGUAAAACAGGGAAGAGGUCGAUUGAGGGUGGGAAGCAGAAGAUAGAAUUUACGGUGGAAACAAAGGGUGCGGUUGUGCAGUCGGCGUCGAAUAAGAGGGCUUUCUCUGAUGAGGUAUGUGCUAAGGAUGACGCUUCAAAAUUCAAGUUUACAACGACGGUGUCUAGUCUCCAGACCUGUUGA